AACACAUACUGAAUGCGUUGGGUGGAAGUUAUUUCGACAGAAGCUUUUUUGAACUCAUUUUUUUCAUGAAUUUACUACAAAGGUGAUAGGAAAAGGACACAAGUUAUUUAAAUAUGGAGCCCGGCAUGAAUAACUUAUCCCCACGCAGCAAAAACUCAAACAGACCCAAAGUUCCACCUCCGGUCUUUCCCAAAUCAUUCAUAACUAAGAAUAGAAACCACAGAAAAACAACCAAGGCCUCAGUGAACCAGAUAACGUCAAACAUCAACCACAGCACACGAGUUCUACAAGGGUUAGAAAGCCUACAAACUAAGGACUUGUUUUGCGAUGCUACUUUGGUCGUUGACGAUUGUCGCUUCAAGGUGCAUCAAGCAGUCUUGGCAGCAUCUAGCAAAUACUUCUGGGAACUACUGGCAAAGAGCAAAUCUCAACCCCCAACUUCACUAAACAUCGUGAAAGACGAGCACACUGAGAUCACCUUAGAGGGGAUCCAAGCAGAUGUUAUGAAGAUCCUUAUCCGAUUUAUGUACACUGGUUCAGUUUGCACCGAAGAAGUUGGAGUGAGAUUAUUAAGAAAGGUUUUCCAGAGCGGUCGCGAAUUGGAAAUUGACGGUAUGGUUAGAUCGUGUAUGGAUUUCCUUCGAGGAAAUGUGGACAUGGAUAACUGUAUCACUGUUUAUCUGAUAGCAAAGGAGGGUGGACUGGACGAGUUGAAAUCAGCAGCGGAGGUGUUCAUUAUGGAGAACUUUCCCCGAGUGAUGAUCAGCAACGGGUUCCUGGAGUUACGUGUCGAGGAUCUAUUGGCGCUGGUCAACAGUGAGAACUUAAAAUUGAAAUGUCGCAUCGCUCUCCAUAGUGCAGCGCAAAAGUGGCUGGAUCAUGAUUCGCAGAGGACGGAGUAUGCACAAGAGGUCAAAGGUCAAGUUCUACAGACACCGAUGCGUAUCGUACUGAGAGACGUCACUCAUAAUUCUGAUUCAACGAACAAUAUCGAGUCACCGUGUAACAAUGACAACUUGAAUGACAAAUCUACCGUGAAAGUUCAAGGAGAAUCGGAGCAUAACAUUUCAAAUUCGUGGGUCACCCGGACUUAUCCAACUCAGCCGAUGAUUCUUGCGUUUGGUGGGGAGGAUAAACAAGGGUUACCGUCUGAGCGCGUUUAUCAGCUCCACCCACUAUCAGGCUGCGUUGAGCCCUUCCACGACAUGCCGAUACGCCGUCUUGAUCUUGCACUCACCCCAUUGGAUGGCCAGGUAUUCAUCGCAGGAGGGCAGUAUUCAUCCGACUCACGUGCGUCAGACAGUAUUGGUACCGUCCACUGCUUUGACCCACAGACCGAAUCCUGGCGCCAGAUGCAUCCGAUGUUGAAACGACGCGCAUUAUUUACUCUCGACACUAUCGAGAAACGGAUUUACGCGGUCGGGGGUAAAAACGCCCAGGGGUCUCUUGCAAGUGUGGAAUGCUUCAAACCCAGUCUGAACGAAUGGGCGUACACCUCACCGCUGGGUAUACCUACUUUUGGGCAUGCCAGCACUGUCCAAGAUGGCAAGCUUUACAUCACCGGUGGUGUUGUCAUCGGUAAACACUUUACUAACACCCUACAGUGUUACGAUCCCGCCUUGGACAUUUGGAGCUACCGUUGCCCAAUGAACACAAAACGCGCCUUGCAUUCGAUGUGUGCUGUUGGCGAUAAGUUAUACGUACUGGGUGGAAACACCAGAAAUGCCAAAGGAAAACGCGUGGAUUGUGAAAUUGUCGAAUGCUACAACUUUGAAACUGACCAAUGGGUGAAUGUAAAGCCAAUGCCCAGGGCAGUUUGUCUAGCAGGGGCAGCUGUGGUUGGUCAUUGUAUUUAUGUCAUUGGUGGAUAUAACGGGCAUCACGCUCUGCGACAUGGAGACAUCCAAUGCUAUGACGCGACAAAGGAUCACUGGACCCGGAUUGGACAGCUCCCUGAGCCCUUGAUGCGUCUGAGCGUGUGCACUCUGUCUCAACCAAUCAAAGGCAAUACUGGAAGACCAUCAGCCAAUCAGAGACAACUGUCGGAUGGAAUCUCGGAAUCAAGUAGUGAUGGUUUCUUGGCGUGAACUUUAAGGUGUGAUUCUUAUCAAAUGUAAAAACAUUAUAACAUAAGGCUCCUAACAUUUUUACUAAACUGUAGACAUUAACGACUCAAUUCGAACAGAAGUAUAACAAGUCUUUUUUACUAAUAUUGUUUUUUUUAUUUGAAACUAUUGUAUACAUUUUUUUAUAAAACAUGGUUUGUUUUUUAUUAUACAUGUUAAAAACCUCUCAGAUAGUGUGUUUGUGAAUCAGCUCUAAGAAUUUUGAAACUGUGGAUCAAGUUAGAGGAAUGUACAUUAAAGCAUCCUUCUAAAGUUAAUCUGUAUAAAUGUAGUGUUGUGUAUCGGAUUCGUGUAAAGAAAACCGCAGUAUUUUAGACAGUGUGGGACAUGUGUGAACUAAGCUACUAGUGUAAACCAAAUUUGCGUGAUGCAAAACAAGUAAAACAAAGUUUUUUUUCCCCUGAGUUCUGUACAAAAAAAAAUCAGUAGGCAAAUCACUCG